AUCCUUGGAAUCAUUUGUUCCGGUUUGGUGUUGGAUGGAACCGUCAUCCACAUCAAUGGACUAACUAGUAUCGUCGCCGUGCCUGCCAGCUUAAGACCCGACCCAAUUAUUAUGGAUGAUUAAUCCCGUGCUCAUCGAUCACGUAGAACACUGAUGAGAGUGAGAGUUCCCUCUUCCAAUGGAAGUAGCAGGGAGAUGCCAGCUGCGGCAGCUCGUCUCAUCCAAGGCUCCAUCCGCUCUCGGUCCACGGUCAACGCUGCCUCGGCGCCUAGCCACCUUCGCAGCGGCGUCGUCCUGCUCCUGCUCCUGUCCCUUGCGCGAUGGCAACCGCCGCGCGCACGGCGUCAGGGCCUCCGAGUCCACCGACACCGACGCGCCUGCGUUCGGGCCACCACGACCACGACGGCCGCCGCGGUUCCUGUGCCUGCACGGGUUCCGCACCAGCGGGGAGAUCAUGCGGCGCCAGGUGGUGGGCAGGUGGGCGCCCGAGGUGACCGCGCGCCUGGACCUCGUCUUCGCGGACGGGCCGUUCCCGGCCGAGGGCGCGUCCCCCGUGGCCGGCGCCUUCGACCCGCCCUACUACGAGUGGUGCCAGUUCGUCGGCGAGGAUUUCCUCAGCUGCAGGAACUUGGAUAGGUGCUUCUCCUACCUCGAGGAGCUGAUGGCUAGAGAAGGGCCGUUCGACGGGCUGCUGGGCUUCUCCCAGGGCGCCGGCCUGUCUGCCGUGCUUGCAGGGCUCCAGGAGCAGGGGCUGGCCCUCACUGGGGUUGCUCAGGUGAAGUGCGUGAUAGUUAUAGCGGGGGCCAAGAUCAGGGCGCCGGCGGCGGUCGCGAGGGCGUUUGACACCAAGAUUACCUGCCCAUCGCUUCAUUUCAUUGGUGAAGAGGACUUUGUGAAGGUUCACAGCGAAGAGCUUGUCCGAGCAUUUGCGGACCCACUUGUCAUACGUCAUCCCCGAGGCCACACUGUUCCUAAGCUUGACGAGAAGGGUCUCCAAACUAUGCUCACUUACCUUGACAAGAUUGAGAGGGAGAUAUGGGAGCAUUCGUCAACUGAUGCUGAGAUCGUGGGCUCAAAUUAAACAUUCUGCAGUUAUGAAAAAUUCACGAAUUUACAGUAUAUGCUCAACAAUAUAAAAGGUUAAUGGGAGUUUCAGUUCUAUUUCUCAAUUUCCCAUCGCUGGGAACUUUUGCUACUUCGACUCCGUAUCAUCAACUAACCAUCUUGUUUCGUU